AAUACCAGAUUCAUAUUUAGAAGCAAUAGAAAAAUGGAAAUGGCCAGAAGGAUUAGAAUCAUAUGGAGGAAGAAUAACCUGGAUAAUGGAUUUUGUACCAGAAGCUCAAGAAGAUUUAGCAGAAAUAAGAAAAGUAAUCAACGGAGAAACUACAGGAAUAUCUUUAAGUUAUAGACCAGCAAAAGAAGCCUUUGAAAGACUUAAAGAAAAAAUAAAGAAAAGAAUAAUUUUAGCUAAACCGAAUUACAAUAAUAUCAUAAUAUUAUCAUGCAAUGCAGGACCAGAAGCUUUAGGAGCAUGUUUAUUCCAAGAAGAAAAAGAUGAAAAGGGAAAAACGAAAAGGAAUAUAAUAGGAUUUUAUUCAAGAUCUCUGAAUAAAUUACAAAAAGGAUACUCAAUACCUUGA